GGUUUCUCUCUGUCUCUCUCUCUCUCUCUCUGUCGCUUUAGCCUGAGAGUCCUACUCCUCCCGGUGCAAAGCCUCCGGCCUCAAGCUCGGGGGUGCGCCGUUCGCGGUACCCUUGGCCCCCAGCUCGCCGCGGGGCAGCCCCGAGAAACACCUCGGUAGCCCCUCGGCCCGGUCCCCGGCUCCCUAUUGGCCCCCGGUCCCCGCCCCCCCCCACGGCCCCCUCCCCCUUCCGCGGCCCAGAGUGGCGUCAGCACGCCUCCCAGGCGUGGGGUUUAAAUGCCCACUAGCGGGAGCACCGGCGCUUCUGUCCCGGAGCAGCGUCCGGGUUGAAAUUGCCGGGUGGGAGGGGAGCCUGCGAGCGAGCGGGAUCCCGAGCCGCGGAGCGCGCUGCCCACCGCUCCGCCCGCAGAUGACUCGGGAGCUCGAGCCCAAGCGCAGCCCAUGCAGCAUCCCUGCGCUCCACCGACCGAGAGUUGAUGAUAAAAUACUUAGCCGUCUCCGCUGCGGGGAGCCAUGAGCUGUCUGGAUGUUAUGUACCAAGUCUAUGGUCCUCCCCAGCCUUACUUUGCAGCCGCCUACACCCCCUACCACCAGAAACUAGCCUAUUACUCCAAAAUGCAGGAAGCCCACGAGUGCAACGCCAGCCCCAGCAACAGCAGCGGCAGCUCCUCCUUUUCCAGCCAAACUCCAGCCAGCAUAAAAGAGGAAGAAGGCAGCCCAGAGAAAGAGCGCCCACCAGAGGCAGAGUACAUCAACUCCCGCUGCGUCCUCUUCACCUAUUUCCAGGGAGACAUCAGCUCCGUGGUGGAUGAGCACUUCAGCAGAGCCCUGAGCCAGCCUAGCAGCUAUUCCCCAAGCUGUACAAGCAGCAAAGCACCCAGGAGCUCGGGGCCCUGGCGGGACGGCUCUUUCCCGAUGAGCCAGCGCAGCUUCCCCGCCUCCUUCUGGAACAGCGCGUACCAGGCUCCGGUGCCCGCGCCGCUGGGCAGCCCGCUGGCCACCGCGCACUCGGAGUUGCCCUUCGCCGCCGCCGACCCCUACUCGCCCGCCGCGCUGCACGGCCACCUGCACCAGGGCGCGGCCGAGCCCUGGCACCACGCGCACCCGCACCACGCGCACCCGCACCACCCCUACGCCCUGGGCGGCGCCCUCGGCGCCCAGGCCGCCGCCUACCCGCGGCCCGCCGCUGUGCACGAGGUCUACGCGCCGCACUUCGACCCGCGCUACGGGCCGCUGCUGAUGCCGGCAGCCUCGGGGCGCCCGGCCCGCCUCGCGCCCGCGCCGGCGCCCGCGCCCGGCAGCCCGCCCUGCGAGCUCUCCGCCAAGGGCGAGCCGACCGGCGCAGCGUGGGCCGCGCCCGGGGGACCCUUCGCGAGCCCCGCGGGGGACGUGGCCCAGGGUCUGGGACUCAGCGUGGACUCAGGUUUGCAGCCUCAGGACAAAAGCAAGGAUCUGUACUGGUUUUAGACAGCCCACCUUCUUCCCUGUAGGUCUCUGCAUAGCGCACUUGAUGGCACUCAGCUGAAAUCGAGUGGGUUUGUAACAGCUUCUGAUCUUGGUUUGCAGCUCGUCGCUAUUCCCUCUGUGGUGCAUCCCUCCUGAGCUGAUCUGCUGACCCAGGGUUUCCCCUUCCCUUUCCCUUCUGACCAGCCGUGGAGGCUCAGCAUCUGUGCCUCUCACUUCAUGGAUGAGGACAUGGGGGAAGGCAGAGACUUCAAACUUCUCCGUGUAUUGGGAAAACCAAAACACACAUCUACAGAAAUAUUGUCAAACCAUAAUUCCUUCUGUGGAAAGAGCAGAUCUAAAGACUGAAUUAUGUUGAAUGACUUUUGGGCACAUCACUGGAAAUAUCUGCGGUGAGGUCACUUAGAUGAUAUGAUGUCAUAAAUUUUCCUGGAAAGAGGAGGAAAAAAAGAGACUUUUUGGUGUGAAUAUUUUUUAUGCUGAUGUGAAUUAUUUCAUUAAGUAGUGUGGCCGUAGCACUACGGAUGUCAGUAUCCUCACAUUUGAAAUGUAUUUGUAUUUGCAUCAAAGACUGUGGUAGAGAAGUAAAAGAGGCCAAUUCCUUCUUCCUCACCUCAUAGCCUCCAGUUCCCUUCCUGCCAGCUCCCUCGCUGCAAUACCCACUCCAGACACAAAGACACACUUUUUUCCUUUGGACUGUGAACAUGGAAGCCUCAGCCUAAAUGUGAGUGGCAAGUGGCUUAUCUGGAGCCACCUGCCCAAGUCUUACUGAAAUGCAGCUGUUGUAGGACAACUGUUUAAAACUCCAGAAAUACAUCGACCAAGGUGGCACUUCCCAGUGUUUGGCACAACAAUUGCAAUUUCACUGGAUAUAUUUUAUAUGUGUGUGUGUGUGUGUGUAGAUAUAUAUCAUAUUUUUUACGAGGAACGUUUUACGAUGAAAGAAGAAACCCUUUUCUGCCUUUUCUCCCACAAAUUCUGCCUCUCCUUCUAUCCUCCUCUGGAUGAAAAGAAGCAACAAGAGAUCCCCAACUGUCUCUCUGAAGAACUAGGAAUCACCACAAGGGGAAGAAAUGUCCAUGGAGUCUCUAAUACCUCGAAUAUUCCUCUCAGUCUCUAUGGUCAUGAUUUGGGCACUUCAGUUUUGGGACAGGGGAAGGGGUCUGUGCGUGGGCAAAAUUGAAGGUGAUGAGGAAGAAGGAACAAACAUUAAAGAUGUCUCUUUACUACAAGGUAACUGUGUUAUUUCAUAAGAAGAAAAUAAAUGUCCUAGUCUUUCUCCAGUAGAAUAAAAUAAUUUAUAGUAGUACAAUCUGAUGUCAGUAAGUACCAUUACUUUAUAUGUAGAGUGCUCUGUGUUUUUCCAAAGUGUUUGCCAUUCUGUGAAAGCUGAUAACUCUUUUCCACUUCCCAUCAACCCUGGAGGUGAGAAGUUAGGUAGCCCACCUCUGUUUCACAAAUGAGAAAAUUGUGGCCCACGGAAGCCCAGGGCUUAUCUGUCAGCAUUCACUGGGUUAAAAGCAGAGAUGGUGCUGAAAAGGCUACCUGUGCACCAUUCAGUCAGGUACAUUAUUAUUGUUACUUUGUAAAUUCUAGACUCUUAAAACAGUAUUCAGUUAAAAGGUGUUUUGGGAAUAUUGGUUAUAUUAUAUUUUAAUAAGGUAGGCUACGAAACCAAACCUACCAGGAGGAAGAAAAAAAAAAAAGGAAAAGUGAGAGAGAGAGAGAGAGAGAGAGAGAGAGAGAUUAUUUAAGAAAUUAGUGGUCUUUCUCUUAAUUUUCUCUUGAUGCCAAAGUUGCGUUCACUCACUUCAUUCACUAAAAUGCCCAAGGGACAGAUUUUGUGUUACGUUCCAAUUGCCCUUGCAGACUGUGAAAACAUAAAAAGAUGAGUUCAAACACUGACCUCCAUUGUAACGUGAGAAACAAAUUUAUCUUGGAUGAUCAUCUCAGGAGUUGGGGCGGUAAGGGACCCUACUCAGUGUACGGCUUAGGGGAGUUACCCAGCCCCUCUUUCCACCAUUAUGGUCAUCACAAGAACCUAUCACUGGUGUUGCUCAUACAGAAGGUACUCUCUGGUCAUGGUGCCCAGAUGUGAUAACGCUCAUAGCAACUAAUGCUGUUUCUCAGGCACUGGUCUGAGGGCUUUGCAUGCAGGUUAACUCAUUUAAGUCUCACAACAAUUCUAUGUUAUAUUUAUUAUCAUGAUCCCCUUCUUACUGACGAGACAACAGAGGCUCCCAGAGGAGAAAUAAUUUGCCCAGCCACACAGCCAUUAAAUGGCAGAGCCAGGGUUCCAACCCACUGCGGUAACUACUACUUGCCCUCUUCUAACAUGUCUUCAGUGGCUCAACUUUGGGUCUGCAUUGCCCUCCACAGUAGAUGCAUAAGGAAGGGCAGGAGGCAGGGCAGCCAAGGAUGACACAUCAUAGAACUUACAAAAUCCCUGGUCUCAAAGGAACUAUCCUAAGACAUUUUCACACCCUUUCAUCAAAUGAUACUAACUAUAGACCAUUCAGUCAGAGGCAGAUUUCCAUUCUCCUCCAGGAGGCAAUUCUUAUUGCUUCUCUUAUUAAUUCACUUCAGUAUUUUCCAGACUUCACUGCUCUGAAGCUCCUCACACCCAACCCGACCAAGUCGUGUCAGAGUUAGCCUGAGGUCUGGACAUUGAAGCAAUAACUAAAAUUAACUUUGGACUUCUCUGUGGAUUUUUUUAAUCCAUGUUCCAUUGGCACGGAUCCCUGGUAUAUACAAGCAUAAAUAAAAUGCAUUAAGUUCCG